AUGGAAAAUCUGAACAUAAGUACCACCAUAACAUUUCUUCUUCAGGGGAUUUCCGAAGAUCCAGAUAUGCAGAUCCCUUUAUCCGCUGCUUUCUGGCUCAUCUAUUUGCUUACUCUUGCAGGGAACAUAGUUAUUAUAACAGUGAUCUGCCGGACUCCUGCUCUGCACAAACCAAUGUAUUUCUUUUUAUGUAACCUUUCCUUUAUUGACAUUUCCUACUCUACCGUAACCCAACCCAAACUUUUAUUCAUGCUACUAACAGGGGAUAAGGCUAUAGAAUUUGCAGCUUGCCUAGCUCAGUUCUACUUCUUCAUAACAUUCACGUGUGCAGAAAUGCUAAUUUUGACAGUCAUGGCUUAUGACCGCUAUGUUGCAAUUUGCCAUCCAUUGACCUACCCAUUUUUAAUGAACAAAAAAACUUGUAUUUUCCUGACUGUGGCAAGCUGGACUAUCAGUUUGUUAGAUCCAGUGACUCAUACAGUGAGCAUUUCUCAACUGACUUUCUGUCCGCCUCUUUUAAUUAAUCACUUUUAUUGUGAUCUUUCAGUUGUAUUGAGGUUAUCCUGUAAGGAUACAUUUCUCAUAGAUAUCUUGACUUAUUUUGGAUCAAUGGUUGGUUGUUGUGCUUUUAUCUGUAUGAUAAUAUCAUAUUCUUAUAUCAUUUCUACCGUUCUGAAGAUUAAAUCUGGGGAAGGAAGACAGAAAGGCUUUUCAACAUGUGGGUCCCAUCUCAUUGUGGUCCUUUUAUAUUAUGGCACAAUUUUAACCACCUAUUUAAGGCCUUCAUCCCAGUAUUCAUCUUCUAAAGGGAAGCCUUUUUCUGUGAUCUACACCGUCCUUAUUCCAAUGGUCAACCCCUUCAUUUAUACUUUGAGGAACAGAGAUGUGAAAAAAGCUUUUGGGAAGCUGUUGAAAAUAAACUAAUUGAGUGAACACAAUAUUGA